AUGCCAAGCGGUCCCUCCGCCGUCAUUGCCACCAAUCCCACCAUCUUUUCCGCGCCCAACACCUUUGAUGGACAUCGCUACCGCCGCAUGCGCACUGAGCACAAGGACUCUGAGAGUUCAAUGGUCGUGGGCAUGUCGACCAUAGACUCCCUGGGUUUUGGGCUGGGGGACCAGGCGUGUCCGGGCCGCUUCUUCGCCGUCAACAACAUGAAGCUCAUCAUGGCGAAGAUGCUCACGCAGUAUGAGUUGAUGCUGGAGAAGGACGGGCGACUGCGAACAACCAUGGCAGAAGUCGACAUCCAGCCUCACUUCGGCGCCGAGCUGUUCGAUGGCUUCAAAGCGACCAACAACUGGAUCUCCACCGGCGUGCAAUGGCUCGACGAGAUCCAGCAGUUCUACCGCGAACGCAGUGCGAUCGAGAAGGAGUACUCCCAGAAGCUCAGCGCUUUGGCGAAGAAGUACUAUGAGAAGAAGGCCAAGCGGAGCAGCAGUGUGUCGGUCGGAGACACACCAACGGUCACGCCGGGUAGUCUGGAGAGCGCGAGCAUGACGACUUGGGGUGUGCAGUUGACGACGCUGGAAGGGAGGGCGGCAGAGCAUGACAAAUAUGCGAAUGCGCUCAUCAAUAACCUGGCGGAACCUGUAAAGAACCUGGCACAUCGAUAUGAGGAGUUGCGGAAACAGCACGCCGAAUAUGCGGCCAAGCUGGAGAAGGAGCGCGAUGGGACUUAUGGGGAUUUGAAGAAGGCGAAGGGCAAAUACGAUAGCUCAUGCCAGGAGGUGGAGAACCGGCGCAAGAAGACGGAGAGCAGUUUCGACUACAACAAGUCCAAGGCGCAGGGAGUGUAUCAGCAGCAGAUGGGCGAGAUGCGGAAUGUCAAGAAUACCUACCUCAUAACUAUCAAUGUCACGAACAAGCAGAAGGAGCGGUAUUAUCACGAAUACGUGCCAGACCUGCUGGACUCACUACAAGGGCUGUCGGAGAGCAAGACGUCGACUCUGAAUGGGAUAUGGAGUCGUGCGGCUGCGAUAGAGAACGAGGCCAUGACCAACUCGACGCAACUGUUACAACACCUCAGCUCUGAGAUACCACGAAACAACCCAGUACUCGACAGCAUGAUGUUUGUUCGACAUAAUGCUGUUCAAUGGCAGGAUCCACCCGACUUUGGCUUCGAACCUUCGCCUGUCUGGCUGGAUGACGAAGCUAUGGCGUCCGACCCGGCGAGCAAGACAUUCCUGAUGAACAUCCUAACUAAGUCGAAAGGGUCUUUGGGCGCUCUAAGAACGGAAUGCGAUGCGCGGCGGCGAGAGGUGGAAGGCGCAAAGAAAGUACGGCAGGCGAUACGAGAUGGCAAAGACAAGCGGGAUGAGAUCGAAGUCGUUCGCUCACAGUUCUACAAUCAGGACUUGCUUCAUGAAGCCGAGCGACGGAAGACGACCGCGGAGGUAGAAGUCAGCACCAUCACCGCCAAUGUGGGUGACGUUUCGGUCGGUGCGAUCAACCACACCUUCAAGAACCAGACCUUCAAGAUUCCCACGAAUUGUGACCUCUGUGGCGACCGAAUAUGGGGUCUCAGUGCCAAAGGCCUGAGCUGCGAACUAUGCGGCUUCACCUGCCACACCAAAUGCGAGCUCAAAGUCCCUGCCGACUGUCCUGGUGAGCUGAACAAAGAAGAGCGAAAGAAGGUCAAGACGGAGCGACAAGCUGCCGCGCAAGCCAGAUCAACAGCGCCAGAUUCCACAGACGGCACGAAUGGAGCAGGUGGCGGCACUUCACCUCCGGGUCUACAGCGGUCGGACACGAUGGGUAGUAUGAACACCCUCUCCUCCGGCUACGCCGCCUCAGCCCAACGUAGUGUGUCGGGCAUGACGAACCGCUCAUCCAUGGCCGCCGAGGAGCCUCCUGCUGCUGCUGCUCCGACGGCUAAACCUUCCAUCCGCUCCCACCGCAUGGUCGCUCCACCACCCGCGGCAUUCGUCGGCAGUCCCGCCUCCAACGGCGACAGCGACGACCAACCCUCGGGCAAAAUGCUCUACGCCUACACCGCCAACGCCUCAGGCGAGAUCUCUGUCGGUGAUAACGUAACCUUCACCCUUCUCGAACCCGACGACGGAAGCGGAUGGAUUAAGAUCCAACCCUCUUCCUCUGCCACCUCCGGCCUCGUCCCCGCCUCCUACGCCGAAAUCAACUCCACCCCUUCGUCCUCCACCACCCUCCCACCGCGUCCAAUGUCCACAGCAUCAGCCUCCACGACCUCACUAGCCGGCUCCGACACCGGCAGCAAACCCCCGCCAGUGAAGAAACAAGGCCCCGCGGUAGCGCCGAGGAGAGGAGCGAAGAAGACGCUCAAGCAUGUGGAGGCGCUGUAUACGUACGACCCCACAGGACCUGGGGAAACGGCUAUGCAGGCCGGGGAGAAGUUGGUGCUGGUGUUGGCGGAUCAGGGGGACGGGUGGUGUGAGGUUGAGGGGAAGGCGGGGAAGGGGGUCGUUCCGGCGGGGUGGGUGAGGGAUGUUUGA